AUGUUCUUCUCUCUCUCUCUCUCUCUUCUCUCUCUCUCAAAUUCUGUUCUUCUCUCUCUCUCUCUUCUGUUCUUCUCUCUCUCUAUCUGUUUCUCUCUCUUCUUCUGUCUCUCUCUCUCUCUCUCUCUUCUGUUCUUCUCUCUCUCUCUCUCGUUUCUGUUCUUUUCUCUCUCUCUCUCUCAAAUAUAUUCUGUUCUUCUCUCUCUCUCUCUCUCUCUCAAAAAUCGUUCUUCUCUCUUCUCUCUCUCUGUAAAAAGAAGCUCUCUCUCUUUACAGGGUUUUUUUUAUUUUUGUCUUUUGUCCUUUUUGUCUUUUGUCCUUUUUGUCUUUUGUCCUUUUUGUCUUUUGUCCUUUUUGUCUUUUGUCCUUUUUGUCUUUCUUUUGUCCUUUUUUCUUUUUCUUUUUGUCCUUUUUCUUUCUUUUGUCUUUUGUCCUUUUGUCCUUUUUUUUUUGUCCUUUUUGUCUUUCUUUUGUCCUUUUUGUCUUUCUUUUGUCCUUUUUUGUCUUUUCUUUUGUCCUUUUUUUGUCUUUCUUUUGUCCUUUUUUGUCUUUCUUUUUGUCCUUUUUUGUCUUUCUUUUGUCCUUUUUGUCUUUCUUUUGUCCUUUUUGUCUUUCUUUUGUCCUUUUUGUCUUUCUUUUGUCCUUUUUGUCUUUCUUUUGUCCUUUUUGUCUUUCUUUUGUCCUUUUUGUCUUUCUUUUGUCCUUUUUGUCUUUCUUUUGUCCUUUUUGUCUUUUGUCUUUUUUGUCCUUUUUUUGUCCUUUUUGUUUUUCUUUUGUCCUUUUUGUCUUUCUUUUUGUCCUUUUUGUCUUUCUUUUGUCCUUUUUGUCUUUCUUUUUGUCCUUUUUGUCUUUCUUUGUCCUUUUUGUCUUUCUUUUUCUUUUUGUCUUUCUUUUGUCCUUUUUGUCUUUCUUUUGUCCUUUUUGUCUUUCUUUUGUCCUUUUUGUCUUUCUUUUGUCCUUUUUCAAUCAUUCCACAAGCGAGAAGUAGAAAAAAAAUGCUAG